GACCCAGUUGGAACUAUAUCACAAUAAAAAACACCAUUAUCAUGAUUUGUUUAUAUUUAUUUAUAUAUUUGUACCAUCGCCAAAGGAAUUAGCUGUAAGGACUUUAAGGACUACCAAUCCCACAAUCCCCUGCGCUUCUCAGUGACGUCACUCGGAGCCCGGACCCGGCGUAUAUGUGUGUGUCUCCGGCAGCAACAAAAGACUUGCGUUAGGAAGAGUUUGCGACAUUUUGUCGACCCCAGUGCUUUUGUGGACUUAAUCGCAGGGAGUAAUUGGUAGCGAUGACACCUCUGCUGCUGGUGUCCGCUGGAGGAAGAGGAAGAGGAAGAGGAAGGAGGUGAUGAUGAUGAUGGUGAUGAUGAUGAUGACAUGCAGUUAGCUGGCUGGCUAACAGACGGACCAGAGCCCGCUGAGAGUGAGAGGUGUCUCCCCGAAACCAGAGCAGGAUCCGGGACGAGGAGGAGGCGACGAUGCCGCGGAGGAAACAAUCCAACCCUCAGCCGGUGAAACUGGGGUCGGAGGACGGCGCCGCCGUGGUGUCGGAUCCGGGCUGCCUGGUUCUGGAGAGCGACUUCCUGCUGAGUGGAGAGCUGGAGUUUGGAGACUCUGAGAUCAUGGGUCUGGACAGAGAGUCCGGUAUGACGGUUUUCUCUCUGAGCGUAGAGGACGACCCCUCAGCUCCAAAUGUCUCCACCUUCCCGGCGUUCCUCUCCUGCAAAGGAUGUGGUCAACUUCUGGGGGACACACCUCUGGGUGCAGGCCUGGACCUGGUUCUCCCUUUUGUUCCAGGGGUGGGUCUUGAUCUGGGGGCGGAGCUUUACUGUCUGACCUGUGAGGAAGGCCUCCAGCACGCCGCCUCCUUCGACUCCUCCGCCUCCCCCCAGGUGGAGGGGUCUAACCUGUCCGACAGAUCCAUCAGCGGUGGCUCCGACAAGAAGAGGAGAAGCGCGGGAAAAGCUGCCGGGGGCGCCGACACCCCCCCCAAACUGUACUCCUGCUCCCUGUGCACCUUCACCUCGCGCUACUCCAACCACCUCAAACGCCACAUGAGGACCCACGACGGCCAGAAGCCGUACCGCUGCCCCGUGUGCCCCUACGCCUCCGCCCAGCUCGUCAACCUGCAGCGCCACGCCCGCACGCACACCGGGGAGAAGCCGUACCCCUGCCACCAGUGCAGCUACGCCUGCAGUUCGCUCGGCAACCUGCGGAGGCACCAGCGCAUGCACGCUCAGGAGAAGCCGCAGAGGAGGGAGAAGGAGAAGAGGCGAGGGCGGCGGAAAAAAAGCAAAGGCGCUGAAAGUGAAGAAGUGGUGUCAGACUUGACCCUGAGGUUGUCCCAGGACUCGGGUUACCUCCAGACGCUGGGGGGCCUCGGCUCCCCCUCCGCCCCCCUCCCGGUCCUCCUCUUCCCCCUGUGCUGCCGGUUGUGCGGCCUCACCCUGGAGGAGGCCGACCUGGUGGGGGACAAGGCCGAGGCCGAGGUGGACGCUGACGGAGGACAGGUCUGCCGCCGUUGCUCGUUAGACCUCCUGUCCAAAGACGGCUCCGGCGCCCCCUGCAGCCCGGAGGCGUCCCGCGCAUCGCGGCGCGGCCAGCGCAGCACCAAGCUCUACCGCUGCCCUCACUGCCCCUUCCUGUCCAACUACCCCAACCACCUGGCGCGCCACGCCCACAUCCACUCCGAGGAGAAGCCCCACCGCUGCCCGCACUGCCCCUACACCUCCUCGCACCUCGACAACCUCAAACGCCACCUGCGCGUGCACACGGGGGAGAAGCCUUACCAGUGCCCGUCGUGCAGCUACGCCUGCGGGAACCUCGCCAACCUGCGCCGCCACGAGCGCAUCCACUCGGGCGCCAAGCCGUUCCACUGCGUCGUCUGCGGCUACUGCUGCAACCAGAGCAUGAACCUGAAGAGGCACAUGCUCAAGCACACGGGGGAGAAGCCGUACGCCUGCGCCGAGUGCAGCUACACCACGGGCCACUGGGACAACUACAAGCGCCACCAGAGGAAACACGGACACAACACGGACAGCUGGGACAAACACGCCCCCGUCCACGGCCUCGGCUGGGGCAAAGACACUCAGGAGGGUCACGGCGAGAUCCACGGGAACGAAGCUCUUUAAAUUCUCAGACAGUGGUAGGGGCUCCACUUAUCUACAGGGACUUUAUUUCAAACUCUGACCAAACAAUGUCCUGGUCCACAUGGUGUGUGUGAAUAUUGUGUGUGUGUGUGUGUGUGUUGUGUAAAUACACUGGUGUGACCCUCCAGCUUCAGGUUGGAGCUAAACUCAGGUGCCUUUGACCGACUGUAAUGCUGCGCUGACUUUGUGAAAGAGGCAUUAAUGUGUGUGAGAGAUCGGUCCGCGAAAGUCAGAAUGUGUCAUCAGAUGUUUUUUAUUUUUAUUGUUUUAUUUUUUUUUCUCGACAGAUGAUCUAUAUUUUCUAAGUUUGGGAGGAUUUGAGUGAGUGAAUUUGUUACAGAGGUGUGGUGGGGUUUUGUUUUAUCCUGGAUUCAGUUGUUCAGUGGGACUCCUGUGCAGGCGGGAAAAUUAAAUGUGAUCACGGAUGUAAUUCAGGUUAUUUGUGAAAGAGGAGUUAGAAUGUACUCGUGGGGGCUCACGUCUUUCUUUGGAAAUGAAAUGAAGAGUGAGUUCUCUUCCUGUAAUUAUUAAAUUAUGUCAUAAUUUAUCAUUAAUUGUACCUUUUAGUUGAUCAUAGUUAGAAUAUAUUAGACUUACUUUUUCUUUUUUUCAGUUUAAGGGGGACGUGCACAGGAGCCCUGCUGAGAACCUGAAUUAGAUUCAAUGCUGUCCUCUCAGAUAAUUCAACAAAUCAGGGAAGAGUUGAGAACAUAAUAAAAGAACAUUUUAUCAAAUCAUUAAAGUUUUCCAUCAAACAUUCA